GCGGCCUACAGGUCCCGGUAGGCUUCGGGGCUGCGUUUAGGGCUCCGGCUCCGACGUGGUGACGAAUGUAGUUGCUAUGGCGUUGCUCAGAGUAUCACCAAAGUAGUGGGACGCGGAGGCUGCAAGGGAGGCUACUGCGGGGAAAAAUCCCUGAACCCAAAGGAAUGAAUCCCUAAUGGUGGAGUUUCAGGAAUCACUGACAGGCUGCACCCAGACUCCCAGGGCUGGUGCUUGCAGAUGACGAAUGAUGGCCUGAACUAUGAGCAGGCAAGGCUACGUGAACUCUUCGGUGCAGGAGCCCCCUCUUGACUACUCUUUCAGAAGCAUUCAUGUCAUUCAAGAUCUGGUUAGUGAGGAGCCAAGGUCAGGGCUACGACCACUGAAGCAUUCAAAGUCGGGGAAGUCAGUGACCCAGUCCCUGUGGCUCAACAACAAUGUCCUCAGUGACCUGAGAGAUUUCAACCAGGUGGUUUCACAGCUGCUGGAGCAUCCAGAGAACCUGGCCUGGAUUGACCUGUCCUUCAAUGACCUGACUUCUAUUGAUCCUGUCCUAACGACAUUCUUCAACCUGAGUGUCCUCUACCUUCAUGGCAACAGCAUCCAGCGCCUGGGAGAGGUGAAUAAACUAGCUGUCCUCCCUCGGCUCAGGAGUUUGACACUCCAUGGGAACCCCAUAGAGGAAGAGAAGGGGUAUAGCAAGGUCUGGUCCCCAGCCCAAUGCCCUGCACUGUGGGUUUCUCUCCCAAUAUCCCUCCACCCCAAGGCACAGAUAGGGACCAUGUCCCCUGCAAUUGCACUGGCAUUCCUGCCACUGGUGGUGACGCUGCUGGUACGAUACCGGCACUACUUCCGACUUCUCGUGAGAACCAUCUUGCUGAGAAGCCUUCGAGAUUGCUUGUCAGGGUUACAGAUUGAGGAGCGGGCCUUCAGCUAUGUGCUCACCCAUGCUCUGCCUGGGGAUCCUGAUCACAUCCUCACCACCCUGGACCACUGGAGCAGCCACUGCGAGUACCUGAGCCACAUGGGGCCUGUCAAAGGUCAGAUCCUAAUGCGGCUGGUGGAAGAGAAGGCCCCUGCUUGUGUGCUGGAGCUUGGCACCUACUGCGGAUAUUCCACACUACUUAUUGCCCGUGUCCUGUCCCCUGGGAGUCGCCUUCUCACUGUGGAGCGGGAUCCACGCACAGCAGCAGUAGCUGAGAAACUCAUCCGCCUGGCUGGCUUCGAUGAGCGCACGGUGGAGCUCAUCGUUGGCAGCUCAGAGGAGGUGAUUCCAUGCCUGCGAGCCCAGCAUCAGCUGAGUAGGACGGACCUAGUGCUCCUGGCACACCGGCCCCGAUAUUACUUGCGGGACCUGCAGCUGCUGGAGGCCCAUGCUCUGCUGCCAGCCGGUGCCACUGUGUUGGCUGACCAUGUGCUCUUCCCAGGUGCACCCCGCUUCCUGCAGUAUGCCAAGAGCUGUGGCCGCUACCGUUGCCGCCUGCACCACACUGGCAUCCUAGACUUUCCUGCCAUUAAGGAUGGCAUAGCCCAGCUCACCUAUGCUGGACCUGGUUGAGGUCCAGGACCAAAAGUAGUUAACUUAUUCACCCCCAUACCCACCAAGACAAGGACCUCAGAACAUCCCCUUCCCUCCCUAUUUGGUGCCCAAUACUUGCUGCGCUCAGGGUUGGGAGGUUUU